AUGUCAAUUGAUAUGAGUUCUCGUCGAUACACAAUUUCAACAAUAACAACAGGUCGACCACGAAAACAACGUUGUUUACCAACUCCAAUUAAACACAUUUUGGAAGGUAUCACACAAUAUGAUACUCCUAAAGUGGUACGUUUUGAAUCGAAAUGGAUUGCAACUAUAUCUUUAUUUGUUAAAUUAUCACUUGCUAUUAGUUGUAUAUAUUUAAUGUGUCAACGACAUUCAUAUCAAAUAUUUGAUCGUUCACCUAUAUCAGUUGUAACAAUUAAAGUAAAACCAGCACAAGAUUGUGUAAUUAAUUCAUCUAUAAUGUAUUAUUUUCCAAAUUAUAAUUGUGAACAAUCAAUAUAUGAUGUAAAUGAUUUUAUUACACCAGCAACAGAAAAUUCUGCUAUAUCAAUAACAAUUCGUAUGGUAGAAAUGGAACAUGUAUUAAAAUACUGUUAUAAUAGAACAAUAAGAAAAAAUUCAAAAAAAAUUAAUUCAUCAUUUCAAAUAACAUCAAUACAUAAAUGUUAUGAAAAAACACGUUGUAUUUUACCACCAUUAUAUCGUUAUGAAUAUGAAAAUGAAAAACUUAUUAAAAAACCACAAUUAUGUUGGUUUAAAUUACCAACAACAACUGUUAAAAGAAAUUAUCGUGCACUUAAUUAUAUUUUAUUUAUAAAACAUUUUGUUGAAUUUCCACAACUUCAUCUUAUACGAGAUAAUCUUAUAACAAAUUUAGGAAAAGAAAACUAUAUUGAAACAUGUGAAUAUCAUCCAACAUAUCAUCCAUUAUGUCCAAAAUUUCGUAUAUUAAAAAUUUUAGAAAUGAUUGAAACAAAUCCAGCAGAAUAUGGAGCUAUGUUUUUUUAUGGUUCAUUAAUUGAAAUAAAAAUAAAUUGGAAAUGUAAUCUUGAUAAACCUUUAGAAUAUUGUCGACCAUAUUAUGAAUUUCAACGUUUAGAUAUACAUCCAUAUGAUGAAAAUCCUUAUGAUCCUGGUUCAAAUUUUCUUACAGCAAGAUAUUUUUUUCGACCAAAUGAAAGUGAAUUACAUCGUAUACAUACAAAAAUAUAUAAUUUACAUAUAGUUGUUUCUGUAACAGGUGAAGUUGGACGAUUUGAUUUAUUUCAAACAACAACAAGUAUUGGUUCAUUUCUUGGUAUAUUUGGUACAGGAACAAUUGUUUGUGAUUUUAUAGCUGCGUUUUUUACAAAUUUUAAAACUGUCAAAUAUGAUAUUUGA